CUCCAGCAUGUAUUAAUAGAAUGGUCAAAGGACUGCAUUCUACUUGUGAAUGUGCUACUAACCAGCUAUCUGCCUUCUGGACAAAUCAUCUCAUCUAAGUCUGCACUUGAUUCACUGAAAUAGGUGGUUUAGACAUGAUGUUUCCAAAGGUAGAGAGAAGAAGAGACAGAGAAAGGUCUCCCACCAGCUGGUUCACUCCCAAAUGGCUGCAACUGCUGGAGCUGAGCUGAUCUGAGGCCAGGAGUAAGGAUCUAGGAGCUGCUUCCAGAUCUCCCCUACAGGUCAGUCCAAAAUGUGGGUGCUUUUCAUGGUGGCAGCUUUGCUAUCUGCACUUGGAACUACACAUGGUCUUUUUGGAAAAUCAGCACCAACAAACCCUGAAGUGAAUAUGAAUAUUAGUCAGAUGAUUUCCUACUGGGGAUACCCAAGUGAAAAAUAUGAAGUUGUGACUGAAGAUGGUUAUAUCCUUGAGGUUAACAGAAUUCCUUAUGGGAAGAAAAAUUCAGGGAACAGAGGCCAGAGACCCGUCGUAUUUUUGCAGCAUGGUUUGCUUGCAUCAGCCUCAAACUGGAUCUCCAACCUGCCCAACAACAGCCUGGCCUUUAUUCUGGCAGAUGCUGGUUAUGAUGUGUGGCUGGGGAACAGCAGAGGAAAUACCUGGUCCAGAAGAAACUUAUACUAUUCACCAGACUCCGUUGAAUUCUGGGCUUUUAGCUUUGAUGAAAUGGCUAAAUAUGACCUUCCAGCCACAAUUGACUUCAUUGUAAAGGAAACUGGACAGGAAAAGCUGCACUAUGUUGGUCAUUCCCAGGGCACCACCAUUGGUUUUAUUGCCUUUUCUACAAAUCCCAAGUUGGCUGAAAGAAUCAAAACCUUUUAUGCAUUAGCUCCAGUCGCCACUGUGAAGUAUACAAAAAGCCUUGUAAACAAACUUAGGUUUAUUCCUCCAACCAUGUUCAAGAUUAUAUUUGGUGACAAAAUAUUCUACCCACACAAUUUCUUUGAUCAAUUUCUUGCCACUCAAGUGUGUUCCCGUGAGACACUGAAUGUAAUUUGCAGCAAUGCCUUAUUUAUCAUUUGUGGCUUUGACAGCGCAAACUUGAACAUGAGUCGCUUGGAUGUGUACGUGUCACAUAAUCCGGCAGGAACUUCAGUUCAAAACAUGCUGCACUGGACCCAGGCUGUUAAAUCUGGAAAUUUUCAAGCUUUUAAUUGGGGAAGUCCAGCUCAGAAUGUAGUGCACUUCAAUCAGCCCACACCUCCCUACUACAAUGUGACCGCCAUGAAUGUGCCAAUUGCAGUGUGGAGUGGUGGCAAUGACUGGUUGGCUGACCCCCAAGAUGUUGACCUUUUGCUUCCAAAACUUUCUAAUCUCAUUUACCACAAGGAGAUUCUUCCAUAUAAUCACUUGGAUUUUAUCUGGGCAAUGAAUGCUCCUCAAGAAGUUUACAAUGAAAUGAUUUCUAUGAUGGCAAAAGAUAAAAAGUAGUUCUGGAUUUAAAGAAUUAUCCAUUUAUUUUCCUGAAAUACUUUGUUCUCUCAUACUCAAUGACCUAUAAUGUUUGGGAUUCUGUGUUUCUUUCUGUACUUCUGACUUUAGAAAUAUACUGGCAUCAACAAAACUCUCAUUGGUCAUUUUGAUUUUUUUUUCCAAUUUAAGGAAAUUUGAUCUUUUAAUUGGAAAUUUAUCUAGAAAUACCUUACAGAACAUAUUCCUGGAGAGGUGAAACUUCUUUUCAAAUCUUGUUAUUCUCUUUCUCUUAUAAACUCAGAUUGUGAGUUGUGAACCUUCACUGUUUUCAAAAAGGAAAAACAAAAAAUAGCCCUGGAAGUAAAUACUGACUCCUCUUGGGAUGCCUCACGCUGAGUAAAUUGUUUUGUAUUGUCAAAAAACUCAGUCUCUCCAUCAGUACAGUGGGGUUAUUACUUGUUCUUUUUCAAUAGAGUUUAAAAAAAAAAAAAGGGCAACUAAGAUAUAAAUUGAAAUGAGGUCAUCUCACUUUAACUUCCCAGGGAGGAGAAAACAAGGGUAGAUUGGGAGGCAACAGGUAACCUCAAGCUGGAUUCAGGAAGUUGGGAAACAAAGAGUGUGCCCUAGAAUAACUGCUGUUAUUCUUCCUGCAUCCCUUUGGACUUUGACCAGAAAGCACAAAACACAACUAAGUAAAAUGAUUCUGAAAUCACCGUCACCAUCCUGGCACUCAUAGGAUCCAGAAACAUUCCCACUUAUACAUAUAUCAGGAUGCACAACUGCCCCAAGUUGUACCACUUCCCCCGAAGUGGCUCCUCCAACCUUCCAAAAUUUCUAGAAAGCACCACCUUUCCUGGGAAAUCAUAUUAACUGCACACAAUUAUGAUCACAUAUUUUAUGCAAAGAAACUUUUGGAUAUCAUUUGGUAGAAUUUAAUGUAUAAAAUAUAAAUGAGACAAAUAAUGUCUUCUAUUCAGAAUAGUAUACAGAAUACGUACAAAGGCUUCACAAGAAUCCGUUUUUGCUAUUAUAUUGCCAAGUCCCUCAACUUUGGCUAGGAAGCCUAAAGCAUUCCUAUUUAUUUAAACCCUCUCCUUUUCUUUCAAUUUGGAAAGAAUAACUUGCUAAGA